AUGGAGUCUAAGCCAUCAGGAAACUACACAGCAGUCACCAACUUCCUUCUGCUGGGAUUAACAGAUGAUCCCCUUCUUUGUAUCAUUCUUUUUGUGUUAUUUUUGGGGAUAUAUGUAUUCACAGUAAUGGGAAAUUUCUGCACUAUUAUUCUAAUCAGAUUGAGUCCACAGCUUCACACCCCUAUGUACCUCUUUCUCAGUCAUUUGGCUUUUGUUGAUUUUUGGUAUUCGACAGGUGCUACACCUAACAUGCUCGCAAAUUUUUUACAGGAGAAAAAUAUCAUCACUUAUUCUGGCUGUAUUACCCAACUAUGUUCUCUGGUCACCUUUGGGGCCACAGAGUCCUUCUUGCUCACAUCCAUGGCAUAUGACCGUUACAUGGCCAUUUGUAACCCAUUGCUUUACUCUGUGAAAAUGUCUGACCAGGUCUGCCUUCUGCUUAUAGUGAUUUCCUACAUAGGUGGCUGUCUGAAUGGGGUAACUUAUACUGGCUGCUUAUUGAAUUUGUCCUUUUGUGGACCCAAUGUAAUCGAUCACUUUUUCUGUGACUUCUCUCCUUUGGUUAACCUUUCCUGUUAUCAUGCUUUUGUAGCAGAAAUACUCCCUGCUAUUUACUCGGCAAUCAUCAUAGCUAUAGCUCUUGUUACCAUUGUCGUCUCUUAUCUGUAUAUCUUCUUUACCAUUCUCAGUAUGAACUCAACAGAAGGAAGACACAAAGCCUUCUCCACCUGUACCUCCCACCUCACUGCAGUCACUCUGUUCUAUGGAACCAUUAUCUUUAUUUAUGUAAUGCCUACAUCCAGCUAUUCCACAGAUCAGAACAAAGUGGUGUCCGUUUUCUAUAUUGUGGUGAUUCCAAUGUUGAACCCCAUGAUCUAUAGCCUGAGGAAUAAGGAGAUUAAAGAUGCCUUUAAAAGACUGGUCUCUAGUAAAAGGCAUUCUUAA